AAUACAAGAUGUUGUUUAAAAUUCAAUUAUUACAACUCGUUUCAUUGGGAAAACACGGAAUAUAAUAAAAAAAAAUUUCAAAAUUAAAUAAGUUAUUUAAAUAAAAGAAUUUUGGUUGAAAUGUUAAAAAAUUUCCUCGUACAUUGCCUGAUGGCGGCUCUACUCGCGGUGUCACAGCUAUCGAUCAGUGGAUAUGCCCGAAAUUUGCCGGCUGCAGAUAGCAAGGAGGCCUCACGCCAACCAGCCAGCUACCCCAUAGACACUGCCAUCGCUGUGGGGUCAACCAGGGUGAGCUACAACAGCAGCUCCACUGAGAUGAAACCAGAGUCCACGAUGCUUGUGGCACGCACAGCAACAGAGGGAGACACUGCCCCCGCUGUGACGCACAUUCGCCGCAAGAAGCGAGAACUGCGUGUGGAUCCACCCUACGAUUUCCACACGACGCAUUUGUUCUGCGAACUCGACCAGCGGGGCAGGCACCACAUCAUCUGGUUCUACCCCAAUCACUGCAUUUGGAUCUGGAACAACAAGUACGUCCACGAGGGCUUCUAUCGCGUCUUCAAGUUGUACCAGCUGGAGGCCUUUCUUUUUGGCCAGUAUUCCGAUCGGAUGAACAAGUUGGAGUUCGAGAAAUAUUUUUUUGUGCGUCCCUAAGAUCACAAUAUGGAGUGGAGUCUCCUCAGUCGCUGUCGCUGUCGCUGUGUUAGCAGUGGCGUAUUUUGUAAAUAAACAAAUUAUUGUACAAUAUAUUCAAUAUUCGAAUGG